AUGGGAUUUUUAAUAUACAAAGGCGUGUACAUCAUAAAAUUGGAAGCGGAGAUGGGCAAGGUCACCAUCUUCGGCGAUGUGGAGCUAGAGACGUUGAUUAGAACGCCGAACAAGAACGGCAAGCAUGCUGAGCUAAUUGGUGACCCCAAGCAAAAUAGUGGCAUGCAGGUUGAGGCAAAGUUGACCCAUUCCGGUUGUGAAAAGAUAGGGAUGGAAGGUGAACAUGCUAGAGUGGUAGAGUUUAUAAGAAAGGGCAGUGGUGAUGAGAGUCAUGAUGUAUUUGUUUUGGAGGCAGAUAUCUAUAGUAUUGUUAAGAAAGAUGUUAAGAAAGAAGAGGAUAUAGAUAUCAAUAUCUUUAGUAAAUUCCAGAAAGAUGUAAAGAAAGAAAAGGAUAUGAAUAUGGAUGCCAAUGCAAGAGAUCGAGGAGGGAAAUGA